AUGACUAUUGCUGUAGGAAUCAACGGUUUCGGCCGUAUUGGUCGUCUAGUCUUUCGAGCAUCUCUCGAAAAGACUGAAGUCCUCGUCAAGGCCAUCAACGACCCCUUCAUUGACUUGGAAUACAUGGUCUACCUGGCCAAAUAUGACUCAACCCACGGAAAACUAAAGGCUGACAUCCACACUAAAGAUGGCAAACUCAUCGUCAAUGGAAACGAAAUCACUGUAUUCUCCAAAAUGAAGCCAGAGGAAAUCGAAUGGAAGUCGGCUGGUGCUGAAUAUAUCGUCGAAUCUACUGGUGCAUUCACUACUGCUGACAAGGCUAAAGCUCACUUGAAGGGUGGUGGAAAGAAGGUUAUUAUUAGUGCUCCUUCUGCUGAUGCUCCCAUGUUGGUCUGCGGUGUCAACUUGGAAAAGUACGACCCAUCAAUGACCAUCGUAUCCAACGCAUCUUGCACCACAAACUGCUUGGCUCCCUUAGCCAAGGUCAUCAACGACGAAUUCGGUAUCAAGGAAGCUCUCAUGUCCACCGUCCAUGCCGUCACCGCUACCCAAAAGACCGUCGACGGUCCAUCUGGAAAGGACUGGCGUGCUGGUCGUGGCGCUGCCCAAAACAUCAUCCCAGCCUCUACAGGUGCUGCCAAAGCAGUAGCUCAAGUCAUUCCUGAGCUAAAAGGCAAAAUCACUGGAAUGGCAUUUAGAGUAGCAAACCCUGAUGUAUCUGUCGUUGAUCUCACAGUCAAACUGGAACGACCUGCCAAAUAUGAGGAGAUUGUUGCUGCCAUCAAGAAGAAUGCUGAUGGGCCAUUGAAGGGUAUCUUGGGUUACACUGAAGAUGAGGUCGUGUCCACUGACUUUUUGUCAGACACUCGAUCGUCUAUCUUUGAUAUCAAGGCUGGUAUUGCUUUGAAUGAUACUUUUGUCAAGCUUAUCUCUUGGUACGAUAACGAAUACGGUUACUCUCACCGAGUCAUUGACUUGAUCAUCUACAUGGCACACAAGGAUAAAGCCGCUGGUUUGUAA